AAAUUCUUAAAUAAAGAGCUGGAAAAGUUUAAGAAAAUAUUACAAAAUGAGAACACACAAAACUUUGUGAAGGACUUUAAUGAGAAUAGAUGCAGUAUCAAAGCAGCAGCUCUUGAUCUCACACUACAUUACCUGAGAGAGAUGAAGCAAGAUGAAGCUGCUGAUGCUCUAGAAGAUGAACUGUUCUUCAUUCAUCAGCUAAAAUGUGGCCUAAAGAAGAAGUAUCAACGUGUGUUUGAAGGAAUUGCGAAGCAUGGUGACUCCAUACUUCUGAAUAACAUCUACACAGAUCUCUAUAUCACUCAGGGUGGCAGUGAACAGGUCAAUACUGAACAUGAGGUCAGACAGAUUGAAGUUGCUUCCAGGCGUCAUGAAUCUCAAGAGAUUCAGAUUAAAUGCACAAAUUUGUUUAAAGCUCCUGAACAAGACGAGAAGAUCCGAACCGUACUGACAAAAGGAGUUGCUGGCAUCGGAAAAUCAGUGUCUGUGCAAAAGUUUGUUCUGGACUGGGCUGAAGGAAAAGAAAAUCAAGAUAUCAGUUUCAUAUUUCCUCUUCCAUUCAGAGAGAUGAACUUAAAGGAGAAAGAAAAACUAAGUUUGAUGGAACUUAUAACUCAUUUUUUCCCAGAGACAAAAGGACUAAACCUUACAAGAAGGAAUCGAUUCAAAGUCCUGUUCAUCCUUGAUGGAUUAGACGAAUGUCGCCUUCCUCUGAAGUUUGAUUGUAAUGAGACGUGGUGUGAUGUAUCGUCACCAGCCUAUCUGGAUGUUCUCCUAACGAACCUCAUGAAGGGAAAUCUGCUUCCUUCUGCUCUCAUCUGGAUCACCACCAGACCAGCAGCUGCCAGUAAGAUUCCUCCUGACUGUAUCGACCGGCUGACAGAGAUACGAGGAUUCAGUGAUGCACAAAAGGAAGAGUACUUCAAAAAAAGAUUGACGGAUCAGAAUCAGGCCAACACAAUCAUUGAUCAUGUUAAAAAAUCAAAGAGUCUCUUUAUUAUGUGCCACAUCCCAGUCUUCUGCUGGAUUUCAGCCACUGUUCUCCAGAACAUUCUGGAGGAGAAAAGAAAUAAUAAUGUGAAAAACAAUCAGGCUGAUGAGAUCUCUAAAACACUACAGGAAUCAAACACUGAAGACUCUCCCAAGACUCUGACACAAAUGUACACACACUUUCUCCGCUUUCAGAUCCAGCAGAGCCGCCAAAAGUAUGAUGGAGAAUACGCAGCAGAUGUUUCCUGGGAUAAAGAAGCCAUCCUUUCACUGGGGAAACUGGCAUUUCAUGAGCUGGAAAGAAACAACGUGAUCUUCUAUGACACAGACCUGGAAGCCUGUGGUAUUGACGUCUAUAAGGCAUCAGUGUACUCAGGCAUGUGUACCCAGAUCUUUAAGGAGGAGACGGGGAUCAUUCUUGGUACCAUGUACUGCUUUGUUCACUUGAGCAUUCAAGAGUUUAUUGCAGCCCUUUAUGCACAUCUAUUUCUAGACAUCAACAAGAAAAAUGUGUUUGUUCAUGAGUCUACAGAACAGGAAAACAAAAAUGAAACCAUGAUUGAUUUUCUCAAGACUGCAGUGGACGAUGCGCUUGGGAGUGACAAUGGACACCUGGACCUUUUCCUUCGCUUCCUCCUCGGUCUGUCACUCCAGUCCAAUCGACGACUCUUACGGGGUCUGUUGACACAGGAAGACGGCAAUGACCAGAGCAACAAGGAAAUAGUUCAGUACAUCAAGCAGAAAUUAGAAGAUAAUCUGUCUGCAGAGAGAUCCAUCAAUCUGUUCUACUGUCUGAAUGAACUGAACGACCAAACUCUGGUGAAGGAGAUUCAGACCCACCUUAGCAAAGGAAGUCUUUCAUCUGGUGACCUUUCACCUGCCCAGUGGUCUGCUUUGGUCUUUGUGUUGUUGACAUCAGAGGAAGAGCUGGAGGAAUUUGAGCUUCAGAAAUUCAAGAAAUCAGACGAGUGUCUCAUUAGAUUAUCGGCAGUCAUCAAAACCUCCAGAAGAGCUCUGUUAAAUGACUGUAACUUAACAGACAAAAGCUGUUCAGCUCUGGCUGCAGUUCUUGGAGCAGAUACUAAUCUGAAAGAGCUGAACAUGAACAAUAAUAAUCUGCAGGAUUUAGGAGUGAAGCUGCUCUGCACUGGACUGAAAAAUAUAAACUGUAAAUUGGAGAUACUGAGACUCUCUAACUGCAGUGUAACAGAAGAAGGUUAUAAAGCUCUGGCUUCAGCUCUGAGAUCAAACCCUUCACACCUGAUAGAGCUGGAUCUCACAGGAAAUGAUCCUGGACAAUCAGGAGUGAAGGAGCUCAGUGAUUUACUAGAGGAUCCAAACUGUCAACUGAAGACACUGAGGUUUUUGAGUGCUGCUGCAGAUGAAGCCUGUCAGUAUGUGGAGAGAGUUGUGGGUAAAAACCUGUUACUCCUGAGAGAGCUGAAUCUGAGUGAACAUGAACUAAGAGACACAGGAGUGAAUCAGAUCGCUGCUCUACUGCAGGAUAAACACUGCCAUUUAUUUAAAAUAUUACUCUCUAACUGCAGUGUAACAGAAGAUGGUUAUAAAGCUCUGGCUUCAGCUCUGAGAUCAAACCCGUCACACCUGAUAGAGCUGGAUCUCACAGGAAAUGAUCCUGGACAAUCAGGAGUGAAGGAGCUCAAUGAUUUACUACAGGAUCCAAACUGUCAACUGAAGACACUGAGUCUGUAUGGAUGCAGUAUAACAGAGAAACAGUGUGUCAUCCUGACCUCAGCUCUGAAAUCAAACCCGUCACACCUGAGAGAGCUGGACCUCAGUGGGAAUAAACUAGAAAACACAGGAGUGAAGCACUUAUGUGACGUACUGAAGGAUUCACACUGUAAACUGGAGAGAUUGAGUCUGUAUGGAUGCAGAAUUACAGAGGAACAGUGUGUCAUCCUGACUUCAGCUCUGAAAUCAAACCCGUCACACCUGAGAGAGCUGGACCUGAGCUGGAAUGAACUAGGAGACUCUGGAGUGAAAAACCUCAGUGAUCUACUGAUGAACCCACAAUUCAAGCUGGACAAACUACAUCUGAGUGGAUGCAGUAUUACAGAGAAACAGUGUGUCAUCCUGACUUCAGCUCUGAAAUCAAACCCGUCACAACUGAGAGAGUUGGACCUGAGCUGGAAUAAACUAGGAGACUCAGGAGUGAAAAACCUCAGUGAUCUACUGAUGAACCCACAAUUCAAGCUGGAGAAACUACAUCUGAAUAGAUGCAGUAUUACAGAGAAACAGUGUGUCAUCCUGACUUCAGCUCUGAAAUCAAACCCGUCACACCUGAGAGAGCUGAUCCUGAGUGAGAAUAAACUAGAAAACACAGGAGUGAAGCACCUAUGUGACGUACUGAAGGAUUCACACUGUAAACUGGAGAGUUUGAUUCUAUGGGAUUGUGGCAUUACAGAUGUUUCUUCUUUAACUCAGUCAUUGACUAACUCAAAAGCACUGCAGUUUUUAAAAGAGCUUGAUCUGAGAUUCAAUAUGAUAGGAGACUCAAAGCAGCGGCUCAGUGACGUGUUACGAGACUCAAACUGUGACCUGAGAGUAGAUGAAGAUCAAUCACCAGAAGUCUCUAAGAAAGUAAAAUCUCCAAACACCUCUGACGGAUGCUCUAUAUCAUAGUUUAAAAUCAUCAUGAGAGGAGCAGUAAUCAUCAGGUGAUCCACAGAAGAGUCUCACUACUGUGUCUAUGAAGAGAAAUAAAUGUGUAAUUAACGUGUAAAUGUGUUUCAUACAGAUGGAAGAGACUCAGACUUUACAAUGAAAUAAAGCAGCAUGUGUAUUAGAAACGUGAAAUUGAAUGAUUAAUGUUGCUUUAGUAUUCAGUCAAAUGAUGGUUUUG